AUGCAUGAGCAAGGGAACUCUAACGGCGAGCCGGCCGCACCACACAUGUCGAAUCCACAGGAGCCACAAGCACCAAUGCUCUCCCAGUCGCCGAACCCCGUACCCAUGAUGAACGCCCCAGCGCCUCUUCUUCGUCCCGCCAUACCCGGUUCAAGAGGCAGCGGCGCCCGCACACCUCGUCUGGGGCUCGCUAUACCGCCCUCUCCAAAUGUCAAGCCUGUAGGCGCCGGCGGUGUUGGCCAGUCCUCACGACCACCCUUGCCCAAGCUUAACCUAGCUACUCCUAUGGGCACAUCCGUGGCCCCUCAAGAACACCAACCCUCGCGGGGCUCUCAACCGGGUCACAGUGCCAGUGGUGGUAGCGAGAGCAGCGCUGCACACAGCCGGACGGGUAGCUUCGGGCCGCUGGACGGCAGAGGCAGCAACCCAACGUCGGCUGGCUCGCAAUAUUCCGCGCUCUCCUUCGCCUCGCAAUAUGGUCUAGGCGGUGCAAAACCACAUGGCACGCCCGACCCUGUGAGCGCCGUAGGCUCUCUAUACUCGAACGCCAGCGAGGGCGGUGCCGGCAUGGAGCGUGAGGGCAGUAUGCACGGCUUGGAGGCUUCCUUUGAUAAGAUGAGCUUGGAAAAGGCUAGGACACUUGACGCAGAGGACUUGGACGACGAGGGCUGGCGGAUCGUGAGCAUGGAGAACCGAAUCGUUGAGCUCGGCGGCCUCGGUGAGGGUGCUGGUGGCGCGGUUACGAGGUGCAAGCUUAAGGGAGGCAAGACUGUGUUUGCUCUGAAGGUGAUCACAACGAACCCCGACCCAGAUGUCAAAAAACAGAUCCUGCGAGAAAUCAACUUCAACAAGGGCUGCGCGUCAGAGCACAUCUGCAGGUAUUACGGCGGUUUCCUCGAACCAUCUACUGCUACCAUCUCUAUUGCCAUGGAGUUCUGCGAGGGUGGUUCGCUCGACAGCAUUUACAAGGAAGUGAAACGGCUCGGAGGCCGGACGGGCGAGAAAGUCCUAGGCAAGAUUGCCGAAGGCGUGUUGCAAGGCCUGACCUACCUCGAGGCCAAGCGCAUCCUCCAUCGUGAUAUCAAGCCGUCCAACAUCCUCCUCUGCCGCAACGGUGAGGUCAAGCUGUGUGACUUUGGUGUCUCUGGAGAUUUCGGUACCAAGGGCGAGGCGAACACAUUCAUCGGCACAAGCUACUAUAUGGCUCCAGAGCGGAUUACGGGCCAGACGUACACCAUUACCUCCGACGUGUGGUCCACAGGCGUGACACUGCUUGAAGUGGCGCAGCACCGGUUCCCAUUCCCGGCCGACGGCACAGAGAUGCAGCCUAGGGCCGGUUUGAUCGACCUGUUGACUUAUAUCGUGCAGCAACCCAUUCCCAAACUGAAGGAUGAGCCCGAGGCGGGCAUCUUCUGGAGUGACAACUUCAAGCAUUUCAUCGAGAGCUGCUUGGAGAAGAACCCCAAGCGCCGCGGCAUGCCAUGGAAGAUGCUAGAGCACCCAUGGAUGACGGAGCUCAAGACGAAACGUGUCAACAUGGGCAAAUACCUGUCUCAAGUAUGGGGCUGGGACGAUCCCAAGGGGUCAAAGUGA